UGGUUGGCCCCAAUUGUUGUGGUAAGGAAGGCCAAUGGUUUAAUCCGAAAUUGCUCAGACUUCUCCACUGGUCUAAAUGCAGCUCUGGAAUCACGCCACGACCCUCUACCAGCCCCAGAGGACCCAUUCACAAUUCUGAGCAGCGGAAAAUACUUCGCAAAACUUGAUCUGCCCGAUGCCUAUCUACAACUGGAAGUCGCUCCAGAUUUCCGCCUACUACUGACCAUCAAUACGCAUUGA